CCCGCGGUGCCUUGUGGGGCGGGUAGUUCCGUUUCCUGCGCGGAGGGCGCGUCUCCUGCGUCGUGGUCGCCGUCGCGGCGGCGGAGGGGCCUGCGGGGCCUGUGGGUCCGGGAGCGCGCGCCAGGCGAGGCGAGGAUGCCGGGCUUCACGUGCUGCGUGCCGGGCUGCUACAACAACUCCCACCGGGACAAGGCGCUGCACUUCUACACCUUCCCGAAGGACGCGGAGCUGCGCCGCCUGUGGCUGAAGAACGUGUCCCGGGCGGGCGUCUCGGGCUGCUUCUCCACCUUCCAGCCCACCACGGGCCACCGCGUCUGCUCCGAGCACUUCCCCGGCGGGAGGAAGAGCUACCUGGUGCGCGUGCCCACCAUCUUCCCGCUGCGGGGCGUCAACGAGCGCAAGGGCGCCGGAGGAGGGAGGAGGCCGCGCGGGCACGCCCCCGUCCACGCCGCCCAGGCCGCCCAGGCCGCCGCCCAGGCCGCGGUGCUGCUCACCCUCCAGGAGGCCGCAGCAGGAGCGGGAAGUGGCGGCGGCGCGGCGGAGGCGGCGCAGGCCUUGAGGGCCGGGAUGGGCGCCGGCAGCCCCGAGGACGUCAAGCCCAUGGACCUGACGGUGCAGCUGGAGCUAGGCGGGCCGGCCGCCGCCGCUGCUGCCGCCGCCGCCGCGCUGGUGUCUCCCAUGAGCCUGGCCAGCUUCCUGGCGCAGAACGGGCCCCUGGGCGCGGCCGAGGGCGGGCCCCCCGACCACUCCUACUCGCUCUCCUCCGGCACCACCUCCGAGGAACUGCUUAGGAAGCUCAACGAGCAGCGCGACAUCAUCGCCCUCCUGGAGGUGAAGAUGAAGGAGAUGAAGGGCAGCAUCCGGCGCCUCCGCCUGGCCGAAGCCCAGCUGCGUGAGGAGGUCCGCGAGAAGGACCGCCUCCUCCAUGCCGCCACCAUGGGCGGCCACCGCAAGCGCCACGGCCUCUGAGCCUCACCAGCCCCUUCUCCCUCCGGAACGCGGGAAGGACAGAGCCGCCCACUCUUUCAGGAAGCCUCUCCCACUAUUCCUAGGAGAACUGCGCACCUCAACACCGGUAUCAAAAGGCGAUCCUCUGCCAGCCAACUCCAUACUCCUUGCAUCAUUAUGUGCGAUUACAACUCUGAGACAGACUUCGGAUGCUGCAGUGUGGGCGAUGCUGUUGCCACGGAUGAGCGCCACUCUCCUGCUCUGCUCUACGUUUUACCGGCGGGACGCCGCUUUUCCCUCUCAUUUCAAGAAACCCCAGCUGCUGUGUCCACCAGCGCAUGCCGACCCUGGCUCUAAAACUCAAGUAUCACCAUGAGAGUGGCCCAUCACGGCUUCCCUGGAAUAUUUUUUAGGAAAACAGUCUGGGCUGUUGUUCAUUGGCUUGUACUCCUUGUAUUAUGAUGAGUGAUUACAACUCUGAGGCAGACCUUUAAUGCCGUUCCAUCUCUAGCAACAGCAGGAAAUGCCUCCUGAAAUGGAAAGACACUGGUCAAUGUUUCCCUUCCCUAUGUGUCCGCUAGCACAGACUGGGCCAGACCCAAAAACUCACUGUUCACAUUUAUGCCUAUGAGACUUGUGCACUAAGACUUGUUAGAAGGACAGUCUGGGCUAUUGUUUGUUGGCUUGUACUCCUUGUAUUAUUAUUAUUAUUAUUAUUAUUAUGUCUUAUUAUAAGUCUGAGGCAGACGCCGGAUGCUGUUGCAACAGAUCUCCUUUUAGCAUCAUUAAGGAAAUGUCUCUUGAUCCCUUCAGCUCUACACUAUGACAGACAGAAUGCCAGUGGAAAGGCACUGGUCAACUUUUCCCUCUUAUUUCAGGAAGCCUGGGCUGCUGUUUCCACCAUGGCACAUUGUCCCAGACUCAAAAAUUCACUUUUCACGUCCACGCCUAUGAGACUUGCCUGCCAAGGCUUCACAAACAUAUUUCUAGAAGGACACUCUGGUUGAUCGCUGGGCAGCUUGUACCCCUUGUGUUAUUAUGUGUUAUUAAAAGUCUGAGGCCGAUGGUGGGGUCUGUUGAAACUGGUCCAUCUGUAGCAUCCAUGAGGAAAUGUCUUUUGUAAAGCUGGAUAGUUCCAUUCCGGUCAUGUAGGACUCUGAGCUGCUGCCAAAUACUGAGUACAAAGCCAAUUUUGAGGAAAGAUAGGUUACAUAUUUGAUAAGCUCACGCUUGAGUAGUUUAAACUGCAAUUCUCAUUAUACCAGGAUUAUUUUAGUAGAUUUUUUUUUGUUUAACAGCACCAUGGAAAAUAUUUUUUUUCUUUAUCCUUCCAUAAUAUGAAGGACCAGGAGGAAAAUGGGAUUGCGGAUUUUUCUUCUGUCUCUCCCAAUCUCUCAGAAAAUUACUGAUGGAGAUUACUCCAAAUAUGAUGUCAUUUCUGGUGUGCAGAUUCUGAACAGUCAAAGAGGGUAAUAGACACAUAUGGCCUACAUCACUAUAUUGCAGUUGUUGUUGUUACUGGUUUGCCUUUCUUCUGUAAACGGAUAGGAGUUCUUGUGUUUGUGCCAUAGUUGGAUGGUCCCGAGCCCUUCAACAGUCGUGUCUUGUGUCACUUUUGCUAAUGUUUUAUUUAGCUUGAUUUAAAUCAGUACUGUGCAGUACAUUUCCUUUUAACUUAAGUUGCAGUGCAGUCUGGCUAACAUUAAUGGAAUUAGAUUAAUUUCUGAUCACUGUGUCUGUAUGUUAGCGCAGAUGAUCAGACCACUUUAAUGGCACAGGUGUGGACUGACAACUCAGUUUGCAAGAUUUUCAGAUUGAAACAAAUCCAUGCUUGGAAUGGAUGAAAGUGAAAGAAGAGCCCGUCUUAAUCUGAUUCACUUUGAUCAAAAAAGGAUGGCACUCUUCAAUCUGUUACUACAUAUAUGUACAACUAAAUAGAUUCUUCUGUUUAAUACUUUAGAGCAGGGUUUCUCAAACUAUACCCCUCCAGGUGUUUUGCACUUCCACUCCCAGAAAUCCCAGCCAGCUUCCCAGCUGUUAGAAUUGUGGGAGCUGAAGUCCAAAACAUCUUGAGGAGCACAGUUUGAGAAACACUGUUUUAGAGCAUUUGAUAAGAGUCCAUUCACAUAAAAGCCUACCACUAUUAUUACUGCCCAGCUUUUUAAAGAAUGCCAGGUUCCAUCCACUAAGAGGAAGGGAAAAAUAGAACAAUUUCUCAGAUCCUUCUGUUUUAAUCAAAAAUCAGAUUUGUAUAAAGGACAAUUGGCUCAUCUGGUUUGAUGGACUUCCUGUAUUUUUAGUGUAUCUUCAGUUGGAACUAUUGUGACUUGCUGGAGUUGGCUAGUGUCAGGAUGAUGUUCUUUCCAGUUCAUUCUUAUUUUGGUUAAAGUGCUUUUUUAUUUCAUGUAAUAAUAAUCUUUAAAAACCUACAAGCAUAUAUUGCUUACAUAUAUUGUACAAUGAAGAAGAAAAAGAAAUUACUUUGUGCAAAUUAAAAUGCUAGGUAAAGCACUGUAUAGAAUCCUCCGUGGGUUUUAUGUGGCCCUUGUUCUUCUUUACCAUGUAUAGAUGAGAAGACCUGUAAGCCUCUUUCUAUAGUUCGGAGCUCGUGUCAUUAGCAAUGCAGUUCAUUGGGAAAUGUAGCAGCAGAAUGUAAAUCCUAAUUGUGUUGGAUUUUGUGGAUGCCCUGCAGUAGGUAUUGGGGAAUUGAUCUGUUCUUUGAACAAGAUAGUAGACUGUAUCCAGUUAUUUGAGUAGAAUUUGCAAGAGUAUUGUCCAUUAUAUACUUUUAUUUUUGGAAUUAAUCUCUAACUUUUUUUCUGCUUGCUGUCUUGUGCUUCUUAGAUAGGGAAGUGAAAUGCAGGCACCCUGGUUACAGAGUGUGCCCUGAGGUUGUCUUUGGUCACACAGUUUUCAGUUUGGUCUGUGUGCGUCUGUUGAAACCUUAGAGAGCACGCCAGCUUUCUGACAUUGUAAAUAAGACUGCAUUCUACUUGGAUGAAAAUGUUUCAAAGAUGUGUGUCGUGACACUUGUGGUACUUUUCUACCAUCAUUAUGCACUAAAAUAUGUUCAGUUGAUUUAAUUGCAGGACUGGUUAUUUCCUGGACUGUUCUAUUCUUGCUGGUUAUCCUGAGGUGCUAACAAACAAUGCUUAAUUUGAAUAAAGUCUAUUUUGUUUUGUUAUGCUACA